UCAAUAUGUAGUUAUUGGGUGGUAUAUUUAGCGGUUAAACUUAUUUGAAUAUAAUAAACCGCUCUUCAUUUAAAUCCAAAACAUCUCUCCAUCCAUCACCCAAAAUCUCUUCUCAAAAAUGGAGAAAUCAGCGUCAGAAAGGAUCGGCAUCAGAAUCUACAGCCCACCACCGCCCCCGCCGUACCCACCGGGCGGUCGCAAGCGGCGAGCAGUGGCCAACGGCGUGCAGAGAACCCUCUCCAAAACCUCCCUCCUCGCCAACUUCCUUCCAACCGGCACCCUCCUGACCUUCGAGAUGGUCCUUCCCUCCAUCUACGCCAACGGCGAGUGCUCUCCCGUCAAGACUCACAUGAUCUACGCCCUCCUCUCCCUCUGCGGCCUCUCCUGCUUCUUCUUCCACUUCACCGACUCCUUCAAGGGCCCUGACGGCAAGGUCUACUACGGCUUCGUCACCCCUCGAGGCCUCGCUGUUUUCAAGUCUGGCCUCGGGGUGGACGUGCCUAGGGACGACAAGUUCAGGGUGAGCCUUAGUGACUUUGUGCAUGCAAUGAUGUCUGUUCUUGUCUUCGCUGCCAUUGCAUUUUCUGACUAUCGGGUCACCGGGUGUGUGUUUCCCGGCCACGCCAAGGAGUUGGAUGAAGUCAUGAAGAGUUUCCCGUUGAUGAUUGGGAUUGUUUGUAGUGGCUUGUUUCUUGUCUUUCCCACUACGAGAUAUGGGAUUGGCUGUGUCUCUGCCUGAACUUUGUAUGUAACUUGUUCUGUAUUGUUUAGAUUGUUUGUUUCUGAAUACUAGUGUGUGUAAUGAUAGGCUUAUCAAUAUGAUUUGUACGUAAUAUACAAACUAAUG